AUGGAAGACACCCAGGUUAUUAACUGGGAAGUUGAACAAGAGGAAGAGAUUGAAGAGAGACCCAGUGAAUCUUUGGGGUGUAGCUUGGAGCCCCUCGGGCGACUGCGUAUCUUCAGUAGUUCCUAUGGACCAGAAAAAGAUUUCCCACUAUACCUCGGGAAGAAUGUGGUAGGCCGAAUGCCUGAUUGCUCUGUGGCCCUGCCCUAUUCAUCUAUCUCCAAACAACAUGCGGUGAUUGAAAUCUUGGCCUGGGACAAGGCGCCUGUCCUCCAGGAUUGUGGAAGCCUCAAUGGUACUCAAAUCCUGAGGCCUCCUAAGGUCCUGGGCCCUGGGGUGAGUCAUCGUUUGAGGGACCGGGAGUUGAUUCUCUUUGCUGACUUGCCCUGCCAGUACCAUCGCUUGGAUGUCCCUCUGCCCUUUGUCUCCCGGGGCCCUCUAACUGUAGAGGAGACACCCAGGGUACAGGGAGGAACUCAACCCCACAGGCUUCUGUUGGCUGAGGACUCAGAGGAAGAAGUAGAUUCUCUUUCUGAAAAGUGUGUGGUGAAAGGACCAAGGACCUCCUUUUUGGCAACAGUAGUUCCAGAGAGUGAUGAAGAGGGACCUUCCUCUGCCCUGGAUGGCCCUGGGCCACCUUUUGCCUUCAACUUGAACAGUGACACAGAUGAGGAAGAAAGUCAGCAACCAGGAGCAGGGGAGGGCUCCUCAGCUGCCAGAAGAGUCACCACUGCAGAGACAGAACAGCCUAAACCUGUCACAACUGAAAUCCAGCUUGAAAAGGAUCAGUGUUCAGUGAAGGAGAAGAACAAUGACAUGAAAGUUGAGAGGAACGCGAGGAGUAGGGUGGUUCCAGUUGGAGUGAUUCUGGAGAGGAGCCAGCCUGCUGGGGAGGACAGUGACACAGAUGUGGAUGAUGAGAGCGGGCCUCUGAGAAGGCUCACUGGGGUCCAUCUGGAAAGGGCCCAGCCUUGUGGCUUCAUAGACAGUGAUACUGAUGUGGAAGAAGAGGGGAUCCCUGCGACCCCAGCUGUAGUUCCUGUGAGGAAGAGGUACAUCUUCCAUGAAGUUGGUACAGAGAGUCCUCGGGCACCUGGCGUGGCACAUCAGCAGGAGAGCCCGGCUGGUAGUGAUACAGAUAUAGAGGAGGGGGAGGCCCCCCUGACCGUCCCUCUGGACAAAAGCCGAGCCUCCGUCGUGAUCGAUAGCAAUACAGAUGACAAGGAAGAAGUCUCAGCAGCGCUCACGCUGGCACAUCUAAGAGAGAGCCGGGCCGUUGCGUGGAACAGAGAUCCAGAUGCAGAAGACGAUAGGGCCCAACCGAUGGCCCUUCUGGAGCAAAGCCAAGCCUCUGCUGGGAGAGACAGUGACACAGACGUGAAGGAAAAGGGGCUCCCAGUGAAGAAGACAGGAACUGUUCCCAGGGGUCACACGGGCAAGGCAUAUUCAGAAAAGAGUCAACCUCCUCUCAGGGACAGUGAUACAGAGGUGACGGAAGAGAAGAGCUCACCAGGGUUCUACCUGGAGAGAAGCCAAGCCUGUGCCACAGUGCAUAUCAACACACAAGUGGUGGAGGAAGUCCCACCAGGGCCAGCUGUUAUACUUCUGGAGAAGCAUCAAGUACCUGUAGAAUGGACACAUCAAACAGAUGUGGAAGCUGAAGGAGGCCCAGCAAAGCUGCCUGUGGUGUAUUUAGAAGCCCGGCCUCCUCUAGCUGGGGACCGUGACCCAGAUGCGGAGGAGAACACAUCCUUAGCAGCCUCAGCAGUGGCAGAUGUAAGAAAGAGCCAGCUUCAGGCAGAAGAAGAUACUGGGACAGAGUGGGCUGUAGCCGUUCUUGAACAGGGCAGGGCUUUUAUGGCUGGGGCCCAGGGUGGGUCACCCGCGGCCCAAGUGGAGCAGGACCUUCUCCCUGUCUCAAGGAAUAACAUAGCAGAUCUGGUGGUAGACACAGGCACUCCAGGGGAACCCACCCAGCCACAGAGACGGGGGGCCCAGACCCCCACAGAAAGGGAGAGAGAACCACAUGUGGAUAGGACCGUGGACUCUGGAGACAACCACGAUGAUUCUGAAGAUCUGGACCUGCAAGCUACCCAGUGCUUUGUGGAGAGAGAGAAUCAGAAGGUGGAAGUCCCCAGCAUGGAGGAUGAACCCACCCAGGCCUUUCUGUUUACUCUGCCCCAAGAGCCUGGCCCUUCCCAUUGCAGCUUGCAGGCCACAGGUUCCUUGGAUGAGCCAUGGGAGGUCUUGGCUACACAGCCAUUCUGUCCAAGAGAGUCGGAAGCCUCUGAGACCCAGCCCAUUGCCACCCACAUUGAAGCCCAUGCAUGUUGCCCCUCUCCACCUAUGGCAGCACCACAAGAGCAACAUCCAGAGAGUCCAGUUCAUGCAGAGCCACUGGAGAUUCAAGGCAGAGGGAUGCAGACUAUGGAGGAAGACAUGGGUACACCAAGAGAGACAGCAGAGAGGGUGACCCCUGAGAGAGGGCCAUUGGAGAGGGAAACUGAGAAGCUGCCCUUGGAAGGAGAGAGGGAAGAUGUGAUGGGAGAGGAAGAAUCAACCAGGGGGAUACAGGACAGAGAACAAAAACAGGUGUUAGCUAGAGAUACUCAGAAACAAGAGUCUGACAAAAAAGUAAAAAGUGCAAGUACUGAAAGGGAUAUGGAGAGUUUGAAGGUAGAAAUUGAGACACCCGAGGAAAUACAAGAGAAAGAGAGAGAAAAGCAGACUCUUACAAGAGAAAUAUUUGACAGAGAAGCAGAGAAACCAGUAGCAGAGAGAGAGUGUGAGACAGGUGGGUUACAAGGGAAGGUACCCAAAGUGAUGCUGGACAGAGGCCCACAGACAGGGGAGACAGAGGCGGGGGGCCAGGACCAAAAAGGCCAGGGCUCAGGUUCAACACCAGAGCCUGGAGUGGGGGUGGGAGACCUUCAGGGACUUGCUUCAGACCCCAUAGCUUCUGGGAGCCAGUCAGGAGGAGGAAGGGAUGCCCCAGUGAGCCCCAGGAGGCAGCAGAGAGGCUACUUGAAUUGCAAGAUGCCACCUGCUGAGAAGGCUUCCAGGGUGAGAGCUGCUUUCUGUACCCACCUCCCCACUCCACAGGGUGAUCAGGAAUCCCCAGAUGCUUGUUGGCCUCCUGCACUGCAGGAGGCUUCAGCGCCUCUUCAAAACCCCCUCAUCUCUCAGAGCCAGAAACAUCCUGCCCCUCAGUCCCUCCUUUCGCCCUCUCCACCUCCUUUAGAACCGCCCAUUCCCAGGACCAGACAAAAUGAGAGUCAGGAAGCUCUGGAGACUCCCUUUUCCUCAGAGCUGGACUCUCUUCACCCAAAACCCAAAGGCAGGACACUUAGGUCAUCUGCUAAGACCCCUGAACCAGUUGUCCCCAUAACUCCUGAGCCCCAGCCUUCCACCUCUAAAGACCAGUCUCUCACCCCUGAGCCCACAUCUCAGGCCACUCGGGACAAGACACAGAGGGCUUCUGUCAAGGCUCCGGAACCAGUUAUCUCCACAGCCCCUGAGCCCCAGCCUUCCACUCCCACAGACCAGCCUGUCACCCCCAAACCCACAUCUCGGGCCACUCGGGGCAGGACACUUAGGUCCUCUGUCAAAACCCCUGAACGAAAUGUCCCCACAGCCCCUGAGCUCCAGCCUUCUGCCCACACAGACCAGCCUGUCACCCCCAAACCCACAUCUCAGGCCACUCGGGGCAGGACACAGAGGGCUUCUGUCAAGGCUCCCAAACCAGUUAUCGCCACAGCCCCUGAGCCCCAGCCUUCCACUCCCACAGACCAGCCUGUCAUCCCCAAACCCACAUCUCGGGCCACUCGGGGCAGGACACAGAGGGCUUCUGUCAAGGCUCCCGAACCAGUUAUCGCCACAGCCCCUGCGCCCCAGCCUUCCACUCCCACAGACCAGCCUGUCAUCCCCAAACCCACAUCUCGGGCCACUCGGGGCAGGACACAGAGGGCUUCUGUCAAGGCCCCCGAACCAAUUAUCACCACAGCCCCUGUGCCCCAGCCUUUCACUUCCACAGACCAGCCUGUCACCCCCAAACCCACAUCUCGGGCCACUCGGGGCAGGACACUUAGGUCCUCUGUCAAAACCCCUGAACGAAAUGUCCCCACAGCCCCUGAGCUCCAGCCUUCUGCCCACACAGACCAGCCUGUCACCCCCAAACCCACAUCUCGGGCCACUCGGGGCAGGACACUUAGGUCCUCUGUCAAAACCCCUGAACGAAAUGUCCCCACAGCACAGGAGCUCCAGCCUUCUGCCCACACAGACCAGCCUGUCACCCCCAAACCCACAUCUCAGGCCACUCGGGGCAGGACACAGAGGGCUUCUGUCAAGGCUCCCGAACCAGUUAUCGCCACAGCCCCUGAACCCCAGCCUUCCACUCCCACAGACCAGCCUGUCACCCCCAAACCCACAUCUCAGGCCACUCGGGGCAGGACACAGAGGGCUUCUGUCAAGACUCCCGAACCAGUUAUCGCCACAGCCCCUGCACCCCAGCCUUCCACUCCCACAGACCAGCCUGUCACCCCCAAACCCACAUCUCAGGCCACUCGGGGCAGGACACAGAGGGCUUCUGUCAAGACUCCCAAACCAGUUAUCGCCACAGCCCCUGAGCCCCAGCCUUCCACUCCCACAGACCAGCCUGUCAUCCCCAAACCCACAUCUCGGGCCACUCGGGGCAGGACACUUAGGUCCUCUGUCAAAACCCCUGAACGAAAUGUCCCCACAGCCCCUGAGCUCCAGCCUUCUGCCCACACAGACCAGCCUGUCACCCCCAAACCCACAUCUCGGGCCCCUCAGGGCAGGACACUUAGGUCAUCUGCUAAGACCCCUGAACCAGUUGUCCCCAUAACUCCUGAGCCCCAGCCUUCCACCUCUAAAGACCAGUCUCUCACCCCUGAGCCCACAUCUCAGGCCACUCGGGGCAGGACACAAAGACCCUCUAUCAAGACAUCCCAACCAACUGAACCCACAGCUCCUGACCUUGAACCUUCGUCCCCCACAGAGCAGCCUGUCACCCACAAAGUCAUAGCUCAGGGUGGUCAGAGCAGGACACUAAGGUCUUCUACAGUAAGUGCUGUGCCAGUUCCUACCACCCCUGAAUCCCAGUCUCCAGUCCCCACAGGAGAGCCUGUUCCCCCUGAGCCCAUCCCUGAAGCCAAUUGCAGCAGGAGGCCAAGGGCCACGAGGAAACAUGGGUCUCUCACAGCUCACGUUCAUGAACCCUACUCUGCACCCUCCGAACCUAACUCCCAGUCCUCAAGGAACCAGAGACGAGGGGCAGUGAGAGCAGCCGAGUCCCUUAGCACCAUUCCUGAGCCUGCCUUUGCCCAGCUUCCCGAGGCACCCACUCGUGCUCCCCAGAUCCUAAAGGGGGAGGCAGCAGAUAGAUCUGGCUUCACCCCAGAGCCCCAGCCUGAGGCCUCUCAAAAUCGCAAGAGGCCUUUAGCUACUGCGGACUCACCUCCACUUCAAAAACGGCUCCAAAGAGGAGAAGUUCCCCAGAAGACAGCAUUCCUUAAGGAAGAAGAAAAUCCUGCAGCGAAGCUGAGGAAGGAAGAGGAUGUAGUGGUUCCAGGACCAGGCAAGAGAAAGAGAGAGCAGACAGAGGAGGAGCCCCGGGAAAUAAGCCGCAGCCUGCGACGGACCAAACCUCUCCAAGAGUCCACGGCCCCCAAAGUGCUCUUCACAGGUGUGGUGGAUGCUCAUGGAGAGCGGGCAGUGCUGGCCCUGGGGGGCAGUCUGGCCAGCUCAGUGGCUGAGGCUUCCCACCUGGUGACAGAUCGGAUCUGCCGGACAGUCAAGUUCCUGUGUGCUCUGGGGCGGGGCAUCCCCAUCCUCUCCCUGGACUGGCUGCACCAGUCCCACAAGGCAGGUUGCUUCUUGCCCCCGGCUGAAUAUGUGGUGACUGAUCCUGAGCAGGAGAAGAAUUUUGGCUUCAGCCUUCGGGAGGCCCUGAGCCGGGCUCGGGAGCGAAGGCUGCUGGAGGGCUAUGAGAUUCACGUGACCCCAGGAGUCCAGCCACCACCACCUCAGAUGGGAGAGAUCAUCAGCUGCUGUGGAGGCACCGUCCUACCCAGCAUGCCCCGGUCCUAUAAGCCUCAGAGAGUUGUGAUAACAUGUUCCCAGGACUUCCCUCGAUGUGCCAUUCCAUUUCGGGUUGGGCUGCCCAUCCUCUCACCUGAGUUCCUGCUCACAGGAGUACUAAAGCAGGAAGCCAAGCCAGAGGCCUUUGUCCUCUCCACUUUGGAAAUGUCAUCCACCUGA